AGACUCGGAUCGCAAUAUGAUGACAUUUUCAGCAAUUUAUGAACAUAUACACUAUUUAAGCAAUGUUUUGAUACAAUCUAAUUGACAUAUAAGAUAUUUUUUAUUCAGCAUUGUUACUGGAAAAGUCACAGGUUUAAAAUGGCAACCAGAAGAUCCAGACUACAGGUCAAACCAAAUAUCCUUGGGGGACCUAAGGGACCAGGACAAAAAUCAGUGCCAAAGCCAUCUGGUAAAGACUCAAGUAAAGAAAGUGAGGCAGGAGCAGAAACUGACAUUAGUAAGCACACCAAAAAGGACAGUUUAACAAACACUCCAAAUGAAAAUAGUAGUAAAGAUGAAGCUGAGAAAGUUGAAUUACAGACAACAUCUGUUCUUUCAGAUAUAAACAAAGAGGAAUCUGAUGAUAAAAAUCUUGAAACAGAAAGUAAAAGUGCCAAUGCCAACAAAACUGAUAUACCAGCUCUGCCAACAAGAGCCAGACUAAGGAAGUUUGGAAAAGUUAAUAUUUCAGCUGCUAGAGGCACUAAGCCUGAACCCCAGGAGGUAAAAGCUUCAGAAGUACAACCUAAAGAAACUAAAUCAGAAAAUCUUGAGUGCAAAUUAGAGAGUGUGACAAAUGAAGGAAAAGAAGAGACUAAUAAAGAAAAGAACAAUACAGAUGAUGGAUCUAAAACAAAUUCAGUUAUACAGAGAAGGUCAAGGUUUCCCAAGGCAAAACCUAACCUUGCUGAUGCAGGUAGAAGGAGAAUAAAGGAACCAGCAAACAAAGAAGGAGCAUCAAAUGCUAGUGUCAGCGAGUCACCAAAGAAAAUUCCAGAGAUACUUGUAACUGAGCCAUCCAUACAGGAGUUGAAGUCUAACAAGAACAAACCAGAGACCUCAGAAUCAUUACCCAGCACCCUUACCCUGACACAGCUACAGCCAAAACCUCCAGCAACUCCCAUUAGUAGUAUACUGAAGUCUCCAUUAAAACACCCUACACCAACGAUUCCAGUGUCACCAGAAAAAAAGGCCAGGACAUUUAGUACUUCAGAG